AUGGCCCGCUCGUCCUCGCAGUCCCAGUCCUCCGUCGGCGGCGCCGGCGCCGCCGGAUCCCGCCCGGCCACCGCCGGGCCCCGCGGCACGCCCGCCGCCACGGCCGGCAUGCGACGCCGACCCGGCCGCACUUCCUCCUCCGCGUCCGGUGGCGGAGGCUUCUCCGGCGGUGGAGGGAACAACAUGCUGCGCUUCUACACCGACGAGGCCCCGGGGCUGCGCCUCUCCCCGACCAUGGUGCUCGUCAUGUCCGUCUGCUUCAUCGGCUUCGUCACCGCCCUCCACGUCUUCGGCAAGCUCUACCGCUCCCGCACCGCCGCCUCCGCGUCCGCCUGA